AGGACAGGACGGGGAGCGCACAGCUGCAGGUCAUAUAUACUUCCACUUUCAUCCACAUUUCAGCGGUGAACUGAAGUGAAGGAGCUGCUGACUGUGUCGUUACCGGACAGGACGCGCUUGGAAACGGUCGUGCAUGGAUGCACCAUGUCUUCGUUUGUGUGCCGGGUUCAGUUUUUAGACGACACCGAUCCGUUCAACAGUACCAACUUCCCCGAACCGACCCGACCACCUCAAUACACGUUCAGAGAAGAUAUUCCUCUGAUAAAUCAGAUCGCCGGAGUUCACCGACUCCUCAAAGCGCCACAUAAGCUCGAUGACUGCACUCUUCAGCUGUCUCAUAAUGGAGUUUAUCUGGAUCUGGAGUUAUCACUGGAUGAACAGAGAGAUGAGCUGGAGGGAUUUCAGCAGGACGACUGCGGAGGGAGGGGGAAGAAACACAGUGUGAUUUUACGCACUCAGCUGAGCGUUCGUGUUCACGCGUGUAUCGAGAAGCUGUAUAAUUCAAAUGGACGUGACCUGAGGAGGGCGCUGUUUUCUCUCAAGCAGAUAUUCCAGGAUGAUAAAGACCUGGUUCAUGAGUUUGUGAUGGCGGAGGGUCUCACCUGUCUAAUAAAGGUCGGCACAGAAGCGGAUCAGAAUUAUCAGAACUACAUCCUCAGAGCUUUAGGUCAGAUCAUGCUGUAUGUGGAUGGGAUGAACGGGGUCAUAGGUCACCCUGAGGCCAUCCAGUGGCUCUAUCUGCUGAUUGGCUCAAAGUUUCGUCUGGUGGUGAAGACGGCCCUGAAACUGCUGCUCGUGUUUGUGGAAUAUUCAGAGUCCAACGCUGCUCAUCUGAUUCAAGCCAUCAACAGUGUGGACACAAAGAGAGGUUGUAAGCUGUGGUCAAACGCUAUGGAGAUUCUGGCAGAGAAGGACGGAGUGGACACAGAACUGUUGGUGUAUGUGAUGACACUCAUUAACAAGACGCUGGCGGCUCUGCCCGAUCAGGACUCGUUCUAUGAUAUAGUGGAUGUUCUGGAGGAGCAGGAGAUUGAGUCUGUGUUCCGCAGGUAUCUGGGUCGCAAAGGAACCGAUCUGGAUCUUCUGGAGCAGCUCAACAUCUAUGAGGCGACUCUUCGUCAUGAAGAUGGUGAUGAGGACAGUUUGCCGCCGUCCUCUGGUCGUCAAGAGAGACGCGGGUCCAGUGUUGGUGGAGGAGAGAGGCGGGGCUUAGAGAGACGUCGCAGCCGCAGACAUUCACUGGGCAGAUCAGGCCACGCCUCCCCGCUAAGUCCAGCCUCCCCACACUGCACAAACUUCCAGCCGUUUAACGGACAGGAACUGAACGAAAGAGCACGUGUGAUGCAUGAGUCGAAAUGUCUCCCAGUGAUAGAAGAAGAUGAGGAGGAAUCUCCACUCACAGAGUCUAAUGAUGAUGAUGAUGAUGAUGAGGGGGGAAUGAAUCCUUCAUCAGGUGUCAACAGUGCACCUGAAGAUAAAUCAGAUGACAACAACGAACACACAGAAAACAUCGCAAUGACAGCUUCCACCGGAGAGAACGAGCGAGAGGAAGAGGAGAAAAACAGUACAGACUGCUCGUCAAGCUCAACCCCGCCCACUCUUGACUCCACCCAACCGUCGCUCCUGGCCACUCUGCUCGCACGACGCAAGUCCUCCAUCAGCGUGCCGCCAACCAAUGAGGUCAGCCCGCCUCUGCGUGGAUCUGCUCGACCGCGCGACCACUUGCCAUACCUCCCUCACUCGCCAUUCUUCCUCUUCUCUUAUGAUGUGGAGGAGGAGAAACCAGCAGAGAAGAGUGGCAGGUCAUUUUCUGCUGUAAGUGCUCCAUCGACACCAGCCAAACUACAGAGUGACAAGCCUGGUCUCGGUGGUCUCCUCUCGUCUUCUUACCGGCAGCAUCAGGAAUCUCUCGCAGCAGAGAGAGAAAGGCGACGGGUCGAGCGAGAAGAGCGACUGCAGCGGAUAGAGAGAGAGGAGAGAAAUCGACACAGUCGAGACUAUGUGACGAACAUGGAGGAGGCGAGACACGCUCGCGAAGAGAGGUUUAAGACGGUGGAGCGACAGGCUGCGGAGGAGUUUGAGAGAGAUCGUGUGCGUUCAGCACCUCGCGGUCUCAGCCUCACUCUCAGUCCCUCUGAUGACUGUCAAUCAUCCCGCAGUGACACACCCUCCUCUGUGACCUCACAGGAUGACCAGGACACUCCUGUUACAUCAUACCCGCCCUCUGAACCAGACACUUAUGAUCUAGAACCGGACAUGGGAGCCACUCUAGAACCUGAGGAGAAAGAGGCAGAACCCAGAGAAGAACAGGAAGAAGAACAGGAACAGGAACAAGAAGAGGAACAGAAAGAGGAAUUGGAGGAGAUAACUGCUGAACAGGAAGUGGUUGUGGCUGAGGAGCAGGUUGCAGAGGAAGAGGAGGAGCCUGAGCUGGAAGCUCCUGAUGGAGAAGCUGAAGACAGUGGGAUACUGAGUGAUAAAGAACGACAGAAUGAAGAAGUGAACGAGAAAGAUAACUGCUCUGCAUCUAGUAUAUCAUCUGCCAGUAGUACACUAGAGAGGGAAGAUCGACUCGGCAGCGGUGAGACGGGUCAGUGGUCUCAAAGCAUCAACGUGAAUGAACAACGCAGCAAGAUCCUCCACAGCAAACUCUUCAUGCUGGACAUGCUGUACUCGCAGAGCAAAAAACCCUCAGAGGAAGACGAGGAUGAAGAAGAGCUCACAGAGGAGAAAGAGCGAGAUGUAAAAGAAAAAGAGCAGGGCGACGAUUCGGCGAUGUCGACGCAGAACGCAAGUUCACAGAGCGACGGAGACAAGAAAGUCGAGAAUCAGGGUAAUGUACGGGCGUUUGCCGAACGCUUUGGAGAUCUGGUGAAGGGUCUCACCUCUCCACCAACAGAAUUGCAGGAAGGUCCAGAGAAAGAGUUGGCCUCUCCUCCUCCACCCCCACAGCCUCCAAAGAAAGAGUCGGACUAUAUUUGGGACCAGCUGAUGGCGAGUCCGCGUGAGCUCCGUAUCGGUGACAUCAACUUCACUGAUCUUGGAGACGAAGAUGACCAGGACAUCUUGGAGUCUGGAAGUCUGCUGAGCUCUGGAGAUCUGCCCAAUGCCCCGCCCCCUCCACCCCCCUGUCCCUUCAACCUGCCCCCCCCUCCACCCAUGUUCGGCUGUCCUCCUCCACCUCCCAUGUUCAACAUAAGGAUGCCUCCACCUCCUCCCUGUUUCUCCACCCCAGCAGUUCUGCCUCCCGGAUCACCCCAGCUGGGUCGAGGAGAACCGCCACUCUUCCAGAAAAGGAAGAAGACCAUCAGGUUAUUCUGGAGCGAGAUACGGCCUGCAGACUGGAUCUACCGGAACCACAAACGCAGCCAGGAGUCACUCUGGUCCAGACUUGAACCUGUGAAACUUGACACCGCUAAACUUGAACAUCUGUUUGAGAGCAAAUCCAAAGAGAUGCCCGUAACCAAGAAAACAGCCGCAGACGGGAAGCGUCAGGAAAUUAUCGUUCUGGACUCUAAACGGAGCAACUCCAUCAACAUCGGUUUGACGGUUCUACCGCCACCACGAACCAUCAAAACCGCCAUACUGAACUUUGACGAGUACGCGCUCAACAAAGAGGGCAUUGAGAAAAUCUUGACGAUGAUUCCGACAGAGGAAGAGACGCAGAAAAUCCAGGAAGCUCAGCUGGCGAAUCCCGACCUUCCGCUGGGAAGUGCCGAGCAGUUUCUCCUGACGCUCUCAUCCAUCAGCGAGCUCUCGGCGCGUCUGCAGCUCUGGGCCUUUAAACUCGACUAUGAGGCCACCGAGAAGGAAGUGGCUGAACCACUACAGGACCUGAAGGAGGGCAUGGAUCAGCUGGAGAAAAAUAAAACGCUGCGAUACAUCUUGUCCACGCUGCUCACGAUAGGAAACUUCCUGAACGGCUCAAACGCUAAAGGUUUUGAUCUAAAUUAUCUUGAGAAGGUUCCAGAAGUGAAGGACACGGUUCAUAAACAGUCACUGCUCCAUCACGUGUGCAGUAUCGUCGUGGAGAACUUCCCCGAGAGCACAGACCUCUACUCGGAGAUCGGCGCCAUUACACGCUCUGCCAAGGUGGAUUUUGACCAGCUGCAGGAGAACUUGACUCAAAUUGAAUGGCGCUGCAAAGCAUCAUGGGACCAUCUGAAAGUGAUCGCAAAGCAUGAGAUGAAGCCCGCGCUGAAGCAGAAGAUGUCUGACUUCCUGAAGGACUGCGCCGAGAGAAUUAUCAUCCUUAAAAUAGUCCACCGCAGAAUCAUGAACAGGUUUCAUGCGUUCCUGUUGUUCCUGGGUCACCCGGCGUACAGCGUUCGGGAAAUCAGUGUAAAUCGUUUCAGUAAGAUCAUCAGCGAGUUCGCUCUGGAGUAUCGGACCACACGCGACCGCGUGCUACAGCAGAAACAGAAACGCGCCGACCACAGAGAGAGAAACAAGACGCGAGGCAAAAUGAUCACGGACAUCAACCAGCAGACUGAUGAAGAAGAAGACAGUGAGGCUGGUCAGUUGGGUGGGGUCAGCAGUAGUGUGACCCCUUCUGUAGGGCAGGAGAGUAAACCGCAGGGUUUGGGUCACGCUGAAGAUGCAGCAGAACAUGAACAGAUGAAGGCAGUGCUAAAGACCAGCCUACAGGGCGGCGACAGUGACAACACCAUGGUACCUGGAUUACGUACCCGCACACGCACAAGAGCCAGCAGAGGUCGUAUCACGUGUGCAGCUGCAAAUGAAGACCCUCAGUGUGCAACGGAUGAUGCUGCUGAUGAGAUCAUGGAGAGAAUCGUUCGUUCGGCUACUCAGGGUCCACGAGAAAGAGCUCAACCCCGUGAACGACGACGCUCGCGAGCCAACCGAAAAUCACUGAGGAGGACUUUGAAAGGUGGUCUGACCCCAGAGGAAGCUCAGGCGCUGGGAUUUGACACGUCAGAGAUGCCAGUUUAACACCACGUCCUGCCAGACCUUCACUGAUGCUCUCGCAUUUAACAGAACUCAUCUCGGGAGGAUUUAUACUGACGAGAUCAACAAUACCCAACAUACCCGAGAAACAUGAAACAGCUGCAAAUUCUACUUGUUUUUUGUUUUUAUAUAUAUAUAUAUCAUGCAUAGUUCAAAAGCCUCUGUGAUGACGCUGCUCCGCCUUCAUUAUAUUUAGCCACACCCUCUCCAUCACACCACACCCCACAGCUCUUUUAGCCAAUCACAAGCCUUCCAGCAGCACAGUUCAACUGCAGUUUUGUAUCAGUGAGGGAUUUUAUAUUGACGUUUUUAAAGGUACGCGUUUAUGAGUUUAACAAAGUCGAAAGAAACACAAGAAUACAUUUCACUCCCAGCUGAACACUAACUCAGGGUUUGAGCUUAUUCCUCAGUUUAAAAUUCAUCUCAGAAGGUAAACACCGAGCCGUGUGUGCUUCACGUUGAGCUAGUGAGGAAUGAUGCAUUUAUAGAGAAUGAUAUUCCUGAUGUGGGGCUUUAAAUGUCCAAUCACUAUGUUCACUUUAUGUCUGCACAGGUACUGUUGGUUUUAUCAGAUUGUGACCUGUUACUUUAGUUUAUUUAUUUAAAAAUGUGCACGACUUUAAAGGAGGAAAGAAGGGAUAUUAAACAAAUAUUUAAUGUAUUUUUUAACUCUUACAAUCCCAGAUUGUUUUGGACAGUGCUUUAUGCUGUCGAUAACAAUUAAGUUCUCAAGCAUAAACAUGCAACCAUAUGCAUGUGUUUAAAUGACCCAUUUUAUGACAGCUAGACAGAGGCGAGUAUAUACAGUAUAUAUAUAUAGUGCAUCCACUGACAUUUCUUUCUGCUGUAAGCGUCUUUUGGUUGAGGCAUGUAAAUGUUAUGUAAUGUCUAUAAAUGUGCCUUUGAUACAGAAGGAACUCUAGAAUAACAUGCAAAUGGAUUGAACUCGCUUAGUCGGGUGGUUUGGCCAAAUCCAAGAUGUUUGACAGCGAACCGGAGGCCACUCGCUAAACAACAUGGCGUAUUCUUACAGUUUCAGCACUUACGUCAUUCUCCUUUGUCAUGCUUUUGAUUUUCCUGCAUCUGACCUGUUUUAGUUCAGAAACGUGAGUUGCAAUUGUCUGCUUUGAUGCUGUAAUGAGAACUGUCAUGUUGCACCUGAACGUCCAUUAUUAUAUGGGAUUUUUAUGUAAACAAAUAACAAUUAUAUAAAUAAGUCUACAUCAGAUGAAUUCUAUCUCCAAAAAAUAUUCUAAAUGUACAAAAUGGUGAACAUACAAUAUCUUUGACGAUGAAAGAGACUGUAAAAAAUGUUAAUGCCCUUUUGUUGUGACUUUUGUAAUUUUUGUAGAUUGCUGUCUAAUAUUAAUAGUUUUUCUGUACAUGUUAACUUAAGACAACUAAAGCCAUAAACGCCAAGCACAGUGUUUCAGAGGAUGUGCUGAGCUCGCAAGAACAAAGAUUUCCUACACCAAAAAACUAGCUGUCUUUUGUUUGGACUGAAGCUUUCCUGUUUAAUAUUACUUGCCUUAUAGAAGAAACUCUGUUGAACUCACACUUGCAUGGAACAUCUAGAUAAUGUUUAGUUUCAUAGCACGUGGAAUCUGAACUCAUUUUGCUGAACUUAAAGCCUUGUACGUUACCAUUUUUCCAUGUUAAUUCGCAUGCAUACACACCCUGCAAUAAAAGCCUUUCUGAAGUCAA